AUGAAUUGCAGUGAAAACCCGUUGGCGCAUCACAAGCGGAUUGAUACGCCAGUGUCUUCAUCCUUUUGUCAUCCAGAUUUAGAGGCGACGUACCCUCCUACCGGAACUCUGAAGUUGCAGGAGGAGCCAGUUAGAGAGAGUGGAGUCACGGUUGUCGAUAAUUUCAGCAAACAUCGGUUUCGUUUCGUCAUGGAUUCUACCCUCGAGCCAACCCCUGACGACGACAUGGCCAAGGUCGCGAUUUUUGUCGAUACGCGAGAUGCGAGAGAUCCACAGUAG